GAGCUAAGUGCCGGCUGAAGCAGGCAUCGGUUGCAGGGCGCUGGAAGACUCCGGGAUUCCUUAGAGCUUUGGAAGAGUCUGGCCACUGUUCCGUUGCCUCCCUCUAGGACUGCUUCUACUGGGCGGGAACUCACAGAGUGAAAAUGGUGCACCACUCAGGCUCGAUUCAGUCUUUUAAACAGCAAAAAGGUAUGAAUGUAAGCAAGAGUGAGAUAACAAAAGAAACAUCAUUAAAACCAUCCCGGCGAUCCCUGCCUUGUCUUGCCCAGAGCUAUGCUUACUCAAAGAGCUUGAGCCAGUCCACCUCCCUGUUCCAGUCUGUGGAAAGUGAAUCUCAGCCUCCCACAUCUGUCACUUUAAUUUCUGCUGAAAAAGCCGAGCAAGUUAACGCCGAAGAGAAUAAGAAAGAGUCUGUGCUCAGGUGUUCUUUUGCUGAUCUCAGUGAUUUCUGCUUGGCUCUAGGAAAAGAUAAAGAUUACUCAGAUGAAUCAGAACAUGCUAAUUAUGAUCGAUCUCGUCUCAUUAAUGAUGUUGCAACCAAAGAGAAACCUGAAUCCAAGACAAAAUUAUCUAAGAAUGACAUGAAUUACAUAGCAUCCAGUGGGCUUCUAUUUAAAGAUGGCAAAAAGCGAAUUGACUACAUCCUGGUGUACAGAAAGACAAAUAUACAAUAUGACAAAAGAAACACAUUUGAAAAGAACCUCCGAGCAGAGGGUUUGAUGCUGGAGAAGGAGCCAGCAAUUGCAAGCCCUGAUAUCAUGUUCAUUAAAAUUCACAUUCCAUGGGAUACACUGUGCAAGUAUGCAGAGAGGCUCAACAUCAGGAUGCCCUUCAGGAAAAAAUGCUAUUACACUGAUGAGAGGAGCAAGUCAAAGGGAAGAAUGCAAAAUUAUUUUAAAAGAGUAAAAAACUGGAUGUCUCACAAUCCAAUGGUUCUUGACAAGUCAGCUUUUCCAGAAUUAGAGGAAUCGGACUGCUAUACCGGUCCCUUCAGCAGAGCACGAAUUCACCACUUCAUAAUAAACAAUAAGGAUACCUUCUUCAGCAAUGCUACUCGAAGCAGGAUAGUCUAUCAUAUGUUGGAACGCACCAAAUAUGAAAAUGGGAUAUCAAAAGUGGGUAUCCAAAAACUUAUAACCAAUGGUUCAUACAUAGCAGCAUUUCCUCCUCAUGAGGGAGCUUACAAGAGCAACCUUCCCAUCAAAACCCAUGGUCCUCAAAAUAACAGACAUCUGUUAUAUGAACGCUGGGCCCGCUGGGGAAUGUGGUACAAAUACCAACCUCUUGAUCUAAUCAGGCUAUACUUUGGCGAAAAGAUUGGUCUAUACUUUGCUUGGCUUGGAUGGUACACUGGAAUGCUCUUCCCUGCAGCAGUUGUAGGCUUAUGUGUUUUCUUCUACGGAUUAAUUACAAUGAAUGAAAGUCAAGUAAGCCAAGAAAUUUGUAAAGCCUCAGAGGUCUUCAUGUGCCCUCUGUGUGACAAGAACUGCUCACUUCAGAGACUCAACGACAGCUGCAUCUAUGCCAAGGUGACGUAUUUGUUUGACAAUGGAGGGACAGUCUUCUUUGCUAUUUUUAUGGCAAUAUGGGCCACAGUCUUCCUGGAAUUUUGGAAAAGGAGAAGAAGUAUACUUACAUAUACUUGGGAUCUCAUGGAAUGGGAAGAAGAAGAGGAAACACUCCGUCCCCAGUUUGAAGCCAAGUAUUACAAAAUGGAGGUCAUUAAUCCCAUCACAGGAAAACCCGAGCCACAUCAGCCCUCCUCAGAUAAAAUCACUCGUCUUCUUGUUUCCGUUUCAGGAAUAUUCUUCAUGAUUUCCUUGGUGAUCACUGCGGUGUUUGCAGUAGUAGUGUAUCGCCUUGUUGUCAUGGAGCAGUUUGCAUCAUUCAAGUGGAAUUUUAUCAAGCAACACUGGCAGUUUGCAACAUCUGCUGCUGCUGUCUGUAUCAACUUUAUAAUCAUUAUGCUGCUUAAUCUUGCAUAUGAAAAAAUUGCUUACCUCCUGACAAAUUUAGAGUAUCCUCGAACUGAAUCUGAAUGGGAAAACAGCUUUGCUCUGAAGAUGUUCCUUUUCCAGUUUGUCAAUUUAAACAGUUCUAUCUUCUAUAUUGCUUUCUUUUUGGGGAGAUUUGUAGGCCACCCAGGAAAAUAUAAUAAACUUUUUAACCGGUGGAGACUGGAGGAAUGUCAUCCUAGUGGCUGUUUGAUAGACCUUUGCCUGCAGAUGGGUGUGAUUAUGUUUUUGAAACAAAUAUGGAACAACUUCAUGGAACUUGGAUACCCGUUAAUUCAGAACUGGUGGUCACGCCUGAAAAUCAAGCGGGGAAUACAAGACACUUCUAUCCCUCAGUGGGAAAAUGACUGGAAUCUGCAGCCCAUGAACAUCCAUGGCCUGAUGGAUGAGUAUUUAGAAAUGGUUUUACAGUUUGGUUUUACCACCAUCUUUGUUGCUGCUUUUCCCCUGGCACCUCUUUUGGCUUUGUUAAAUAAUAUCAUUGAAAUCAGACUGGAUGCAUACAAAUUUGUCACCCAGUGGCGGAGGCCUUUACCAGCUCGAGCAACUGACAUUGGUAUCUGGCUUGGAAUCCUUGAAGGAAUUGGUAUACUGGCUGUGAUCACCAAUGCAUUUGUGAUUGCCAUUACAUCUGAUUACAUCCCACGUUUUGUCUAUGAAUACAAAUAUGGCCCCUGUGCAAAUCAUGGAGUACGGAAUGAAAACUGCUUAAAGGGAUAUGUCAAUAACAGCCUAUCCUUCUUUGAUCUGAGUGAGCUUGGCAUGGGACAUUCCGGCUAUUGCAGGUAUCGUGACUACAGAGGGCCCCCUUGGAGUUCCAAACCCUAUGAGUUCACCUUACAAUACUGGCAUAUCCUUGCUGCUCGAUUGGCCUUCAUUAUUGUGUUUGAGCACCUUGUAUUUGGAAUUAAAUCAUUCAUCGCAUACCUGAUUCCAGAUGUGCCAAAGGGCCUCCGUGAACGAAUACGACGAGAGAAAUACUUAGUCCAAGAGAUGAUGUAUGAGGCUGAACUGGAACACUUACAACAAGAACGGAGAAAAAGCGGUCAGCCUGUUCACCAUGAAUGGCCUUAGUUGAUGUCUGUUACCCAGCAGGGGUGUCAUCAUUCCUGUGAAGGAAUGCUGAUGACUUCAAAUUCUAAAUGCAGUCUAGUGGGAAGGCAUACCUGGCAAAACAUACUGUAAUAUGCUUCUUGGAAAUGUGUGACAGCCGGUUUUGGGUUGGGGAAUAUCCUGGUUUUUAGAAAAGAAAUCGAUGGCUCUUGAAGAACAAGCCAGGGUUAGAUUUAGGAAGCUACGAUGUGAUUCUCAGAAGCAGCCUCAGGGACUUGUGUGUGUGGAGACCUUUGCCUUCUGUUACCUGCAGUAGAAUCAAAAGGGUGAUGGUGAGGUUUCUAGAGACAGCUUUCUAUGUCACUGUUCACAAAUCCGGCACAACAAAUUGUCAUGUGGUCUUAGCUCACGUGCUAAUCUGACUUUAGUACUUCCGUUUGAGUUGAGAUGCUUGCAGGAAAUGACUGAAGUUGAUUUUUGCCUUUGCUGCCAGAACUCU